AUGAAGGGCGUGCAUCCCAUCUCUGCAAACGGGCUGCAAAAUGGAGAAGUCGGGCCGGAAGCGAAGCUCGAAGCUGUGCAUGAUGGUUUGAACAUUAAGGUCGCCCACGGGCCCGACGAGCAUGAUGUUGCCUUGCCUCCUAAUUCAACCUUCGGUGAUUUAAAAUCAAUUAUAGUUCGAAAAAUCGGCUUGAACCCAGAAACACAUAAACUACUGUUCAGGGGUAAAGAGAAAGAAGACGAUGAAAGUUUACAAACGGCCGGUGUGAAGGAUAAUGCUAAGGUUUUACUUGUGGAGGAAGUUUCUUCUGAUCAGAAAAUCCCUGAUGAGGUUAAGGAAACAAAUGUGGUCUCACGAGGAGUUGAAGCUGUUGCUAAAGUGAGGGAGGAAGUCGAUAAGCUGGCCGAUCAGGUUCGUCGGGUCCAGAGCCUUGUGGAGACAAUGGACACCAUCAAAUCAAGAAAUUCAAAUCCAUUCGACAAUGGCUUGAAAUCUCCCACAUUGGAUAACAGGAUAACUAAACCUUGUGGAAACCAGCAAAUGAGUUCAAAUAUUCACUGGUGA